AUGGUUUAUCUGUUACUGGCACUCGGCCUGGCAGCGCUUCUGGUCGGCGGUACUUUACUGGUGCGCGGCGCAUCCGGUAUUGCUGCCGCAUUCAACGUACCCAACAUGAUCAUCGGCCUGACUGUUGUUGCAUUUGGCACCAGCAUGCCGGAACUGGUGAUCAACGUCACAGGUGCCAUCCGAGGUGAAACAGAUAUCGCCUUCGGUAAUGCGGUGGGUUCUAACCUGGCAAACUUUGGUCUGGUACUUGGCAUUGCCGCCAUCAUGUCGCCAAUUUAUCUUCAAGGUCAGGUUGUACGGCGCGAAGUACCGUUCCUUUUACUGGUGACCGCCAUAUUAAUGGUGAUGGCCUGGGACAUGCCACUUAACGGCACCACACCAUUGAUCGACCGCAGCGACGCCAUCAUUCUGUUCUUGAUGUUUACUGUGUUCAUUUAUUUUGUCGUGCGCGAUGUUGUUAAAGAAUCAGGUGACCCGGUGUUCGCUGAAGCUGAACACUUUCCGGCACCUGCGCGCACCGGGUUGGUAGUGAACAGCGCCGCGUCGGUAGCAGGUAUGGCCCUGUUAAUGGUGGGCGGCACGCUGACCAUUGAAAACGGCUCAGCUAUUGCCAGGUUGCUGGAAAUGCCAGAAGUUGUCGUCGGCAUUUUCAUUGUUGCGGUAGGUACCAGCUUACCUGAAUUGGUAACCUCGGCGAUCGCGGCUUACAAAAAAGAAACUGACCUUGCACUGGGCAACAUCGUCGGUUCUAACAUAUUUAACUCGUUGGUCGUCCUGCCUGCUGCAGCCAUAAUUGUACCCAUACCGAUUCCAAAGGGGGGCGACCUGGAUCUGGCCGUUGGCUUUGCUUUUGUGCUGGUUGUUAUUCCCUUGUUUUUAUUCAGCGGUGCUCGCCUCGGAAGGCGCGCGGGAGACACCAUGUCCAAAGUCCUUAUUGCUGUUGCAUUAUGUUUCACCCUGCUAACCGGCUUACCUGCGGUUGCUGCAGACGCUGACGAGCAAGCCCAGGCUGCCAUUGAUACCCGCCAGGGAUUACUCAAAGUUGUUGUCAGCUACUUCGGACCGAUCGUUGGCAUGGCCAGAGGGCAGAUCCCUUACGAUGCCGACGUCGUGAAAAACAACGCCGAAAAAGUGGCCAUGUUACUACCUAUGAUUCCUGACGUUUUUCGCAAAGACACUCGCGAAUCGGGUUUAGAAACAGAAGCGCUGAAUGAAAUCUGGGACAACAUGGGCGAUUUUCAGACAAAAACCGAUACGGCGACCGAGCGCGCACUGGCACUGGUUGUAAAGGCUGCCACGACGACUACCGCCAACAAAACUGAUCUGCCCGCACCAGAUCAGGGCGUGACUCGAGACAAUCCCGAAAUCACAAAACAAUCCCAGCCAGCGCUGAAAAGCCUGGUCUGGGACCUGCCGACCCGCCUGUUUCACUGGUUACUGGUGUUCUGCCUGGCUGGCUCAUGGAUCACUGCGGAGGCAGGCUUCGAUUGGACCGAGACACACUUUCUUUUUGGCUAUACCAGCCUCGGGCUCAUAGCCUUUCGCGUGAUCUGGGGUUUCAUCGGGCCUACCCAUGCGCGCUUCAGCUCGUUUAUUAAAGGACCAAGAGAUGUCAUCAGCAGCGCACAAGCACUGCUGAAUCGAACCCCUUCGACUUAUGUCGGUCAUAACCCUAUUGGCGGCUGGUCGACAGUCUUGUUCCUGGGCGUUGUUGCAACUCAGGCGACCACCGGUUUAUUCAUCAGCGACGACAUUUUUUAUGCCGGGCCUUACAACGGCAUCGUCAGCAACAGUACCGCAGGUGAGCUCGCUGGCAUUCAUCACAUUAACUUCAACGUUUUACAGGCAUUGGUGCUGAUUCAUCUGAGCGCCAUCAUCUGGUACCAAUGGGGUAAACGCACGCAACUCAUCAAGCCAAUGAUCACCGGUCACAAAGCACUGCCGAAUGAACAUAUGCAACAAGCUAUCCCUCACAGUUACCUUAUACGCGCAGUCAUUGUCGGGAGUCUCGUGGCGGCAGCUGUGGUUGCGCUUGUACAGUUUGCGCCGCCACCUGCUCCAAUGAGUUUCUUCUAA